GACAGGAUGGGAAGGACUGCAGUGGGACUCACACGAAACGUAGGGAGGAAAUCCGCGAAAAUGUUUGCAAACCACAGAAUGUUAGCACUGGAAGGGAGCUUAAAGGUUGUCUACUCCGUCCCCUCGUUUUAUAGAAGAGGAAACUGAAGCCCAAAGAGACGAACUUCUCCGCCCAAGGUCAAACUGCUAAUUAUCCGGGGCUAGAACCCAAGCCUCCAGAAGCGCAGGGCUCUUUCCUCUGCACUGCGGUGAGUGUGAAACACCUGGAGCGCGGGAGUCUAAAAGGCUUUCUUGGGACUCCCUCGCGCGGCAAGACCCCAAAGGUGUUGUGUAACCCGAAGGCAGAGGGAUGGGCUGGGUGACCUUUAGAGACCACCUUAUAGCCCCCAGACUCUUUAAGACCCUGCAGAGGGGUGCGAGCAGGAAUCGACAGCCCUGACCUCCUGCUGUCGCCGGGAGGGAUGUGGAAAAAAGGGGGUCUCCUGCAGUUCUGCCCUCCCCGGGGUCCCUCUCCUUACCCCGGAGGACGCGGGCAUUUCUCGCCCCCCGGCCCUUCAGCGCCGUAGCAGCUACCACCGCCGCCAUGUUCAGAUCCCACCCCCCUUCACCGCGGUCCCCUUCGGGAAUUGUAGUUUGCGUAAGGGGCCUCCCCCGCUCCUUCCGUCCCGCCUACGGACCAGAAACUACAUCUCCCAAAAGCGCUUAGAGCGGACGGGACCGAACUACUCUUCCCAGGAGACCCGGAGGCGCGCACGCUCGCUUGUUUCCCUCCAGUCGGGGGCGGAGUCAGGCUGGGCGGAGUUUGGGUUCUCCCUGCCACGCCCCGUCCCCUUCUACCAACUCUGCUCUGUGACUGGUCAUUAAGUUAGUCAACCCCUUUCCCUAUUGGCCAAGCUGCCGUCGCUCUUCCUGCCCGGGGAGUUGCCUACGCCUAUUUCCUCCCCGGGAGGAGGGGCCCUGGUUCCGCGUCGUCGCGGAGAGCUGACUCUGGGAGGCGUUUGGGCCCAGAGAAGUGGAUCGGCUGCUUGCGCCGCAUGGAGUCCGAAUCGGAAAGCGGGGCUGCCGCUGACACCCCCCCGCUGGAGACCCUAAGCUUCCAUGGUGAUGAAGAAAUUAUCGAGGUGGUAGAGCUGGAUCCCGGUCCGCCGGACCCGGAUGAUCUAGCCCAGGAGAUGGAAGACGUGGACUUUGAAGAAGAAGAGGAGGAGGAGGAGGGCAACGAGGAGGGCUGGGUUUUGGAACCCCAGGAAGGGGUGGUCGGCAGCAUGGAGGGCCCAGACGAUAGCGAGGUCACCUUUGCACUGCACUCAGCGUCUGUGUUUUGUGUGAGCCUGGAUCCCAAGACCAACACCUUGGCGGUGACAGGGGGCGAAGAUGACAAAGCCUUCGUGUGGAGGCUCAGCGACGGGGAGCUGCUCUUCGAGUGUGCAGGUCAUAAAGACUCUGUAACUUGUGCUGGUUUCAGCCAUGACUCCACCCUAGUGGCCACAGGGGACAUGAGUGGCCUCCUGAAAGUGUGGCAGGUGGACACCAAGGAGGAGGUCUGGUCCUUUGAAGCAGGCGAUCUGGAGUGGAUGGAGUGGCACCCUCGGGCACCUGUCCUCCUGGCGGGCACGGCUGAUGGCAACACCUGGAUGUGGAAGGUCCCGAAUGGUGACUGCAAGACCUUCCAGGGUCCCAACUGCCCAGCCACAUGUGGCCGAGUCCUCCCCGAUGGGAAGAGAGCUGUGGUCGGCUAUGAAGAUGGCACCAUCAGGAUUUGGGACCUGAAGCAGGGAAACCCCAUCCACGUACUGAAAGGGACUGAGGGUCAUCAGGGCCCUCUGACCUGUGUUGCCACCAACCAGGAUGGCAGCCUGGUCCUGACCGGCUCCGUGGACUGUCAGGCCAAGUUGGUCAGUGCCACCACCGGCAAGGUGGUGGGUGUUUUCAGGCCCGAGACUGUGGCCUCCCAGCCCAACCUGGGAGAAGGGGAGGAGAGUGAGUCCAACUCCGUGGAGUCCUUGGGCUUCUGCAGCGUGAUGCCUCUGGCAGCUGUCGGCUACCUGGACGGGACCUUGGCCAUCUAUGACCUGUCUACACAGACCCUCAGGCACCAGUGUCAGCAUCAGUCGGGCAUCGUGCAGCUGCUGUGGGAGGCGGGCACCGCUGUGGUUUACACCUGCAGCCUGGACGGCAUCGUGCGCCUCUGGGACGCUCGGACCGGCCGCCUGCUGACUGACUACCGGGGCCACACGGCUGAGAUCCUGGACUUUGCCCUCAGCAAAGAUGCCUCCCUGGUGGUGACCACGUCGGGAGACCACAAAGCAAAAGUAUUUUGUGUCCAGAGACCUGACCGCUAGUGGCUGCUGCCUCUGCUUUGUGUCUGGCGCUGAGGAGGUGAAGGGAGACCCCUCACCAGCAGAGGCGGGAGGGUGCGAGGGAAGGGGAUGGGAGGGGCCUCGGACUGCUUUCCAACCCCUCCGUGCUGACUUGCCCCCUCCGUCCCUUUCUUCUCCUAAGAGACCCACCCCUUGGGUACCUCGCCCCCUCGCCCCCUCACCCAGACCUGGGGGACCCCUCAGAGGGAGGUUCAGACCUCUUUCCCUUACUUUUCAUUUGUGGGUGUGAGUCAUGGGUGUGUAUUUGUAUGUGGGGAGUAGGACUUUGAGGUUCCCAUUCUUUCCCUUCCCAAGUCUUGGGGGGUGGAAAGGAGGAAGAGAUAUUAGUUACAGAUUUUAAAAAUGUAAAUAAAAUGUACUUCCCAGA